AUUGGGUCAUUUAUCAAGACCAUUGGUGCAAGCGCCAUAAUUGGCCUGGUGGUUUACUAUAUCGCGCAAUUCUACGCUAAACGAUAUAACUACCCACCUGGUCCCAUACCAUUACCACUUAUUGGCAAUGUACUUAUGUUUCGUAAUUACACAACUCAUUGGAAUGAGGAGAUUGUAAAACUGAGCAAGAUCUAUGGCCCUGUGUUUACCCUAUGGAUCGGUCCCUUACCAUUCGUGUUUAUAUGCGAUCUGGAUUUGGGUAGGGAGGCAUUUAAUAAAAUUGAAUUUACUGGUCGACCAGCAUCACAAUUAGACAGCACUACUAACGCUAUAGUUUGGCAAUAUUACAAGCCAUGUACUAUUCUUACAGCUGUUGUCUUUGAUGAUUACGGUCACAGUUGGGAAACUUUACGCCGCAUAUCGCACACCACUGUUCGUAAAUACGCCAAAACACAGGCAUUGUCUGAAGUGGUGGCCGAAAACGUAAGCGAAAUAAUUGACAAAAUAGUUGCCACCGAAGGCAUCGGUAAACCAUUUCGACCCAAACUUUACGUUUACAAUAUAUUUGACAUUGAGCAACCUGAAUUGAAAAAAUUUAAAUACAUCACAUCGGAUUUUCAAACUGAUCUUGGUAACUCACUGUUCUUAUAUGAGUUUAUACCUGUGUUGCGCUAUUUUAUGGCCAACCCAUUGAUUAAAUACAAACAAUAUUUCGAUGAAAUGAUGAAAUAUUCGCGAAAUAUAUACCAAACGCACGACAAAACAUAUGACAGUAAAAAUUUGCGCGAUUUUUGUGAUAUACUUAUCGCCGCUAAACACGAAUCUAUUGCUGAGGACAAGCAGACAGCGCCUUAUUUUACCGAUGAUAACUUACCGGCGGUUUUAAUUGAAUUGUUUAUGGCGGGCACCGAAACAACGCAUGCAACUUUCCAAUGGUUACUGCUAUUUAUGGCAUAUAAGCCUGAAUAUCAGGAUAAGUUACGCGCAGAGAUUAGCCGUGAGAUCGGCGAUCGGGUGCCAGUGGUUGAGGACAAGUCACGGCUCAACUAUACGCUCGCGUUUAUAUCAGAAAUUUUACGGCACAAAAAUCCUUUCCCGAUCGGUGUAUUUCAUAAGGCAUUAGUUAAUAGCAAAAUAGGUACAGGUGGAUAUCCCGUGGCUCAAAACACCCAGGUAGUAUUGCACCAGCAAGCAAUUAUGAAGGAUGCAAAACACUGGAAAAAUCCAGACAAAUUUCUCGGUCUUGCUAAAGAACUGCUUUUACCAUUUGUUUUGGGCACCGAAUAUACGGCAAGUCAAUGCCAGCGGCGUAUACAGGGCCACUUAGCAACCGUUUCCCAAAUUUUGGCCCUGGUCAGAUUUAUUCAAUUGACCAGUGAUUAUCGCAUUGAACUGCAUAGCGAGCAUGGUGAUCCAACACCAGAUGUACUCGAACCGGACCUUUCACUUUUAUUCAUGGCAUAUAAUCCUGAAUAUCAGGAUAAGUUAAGCGCAGAGAUUAGCCGUGAGAUCGGCGAUCGGGUGCCAGUGGUUGAGGACAAGUCACGGCUUAACUAUACGCUCGCGUUUUUAUUAGAAAUUUUACGACACAAAACUCCUCUACCGAUCGGUGUAUUUCAUAAGGCAUUAGUAGAUAGCAAGAUAGGUGACUAUCCCGUGGCCCAAAACACCCAGGUCGUAUUACACCAGGGGGCAAUUAUGACAGAUUCAAAACACUGGACCAAUCCAGACAAUUUCCAGCCAGAACAAUUUCUUGACGAACAUGGUCAAUUUAUUCAAACAAAACUCGCGGCUUAUAUGCCGUUCAGUUACGGUCGCCGCGUAUGUCCGGGUGAAUCGCUGGCCAUUAAUGACCUGUUUUUGGUUUUGGUUAGAUUUAUGCAAUUAACCAGUCAAUAUCGCAUUGAGCUGCAUAGCGAGCAUGGUGAUCCAACGCCAGAUGUACUCGAACCUGACAUUGUUAAUUUAUGGUUACAAUUUCCCAAACCAUUUGACAUUGUUUUUAAAACAAAUAUUGGAACAUUUAUCAAGACCAUUGGUGCAAGCGCCAUAAUUGGUCUGGUGGUUUACUACAUUGCACGAUUUUACGCUAAACGAUAUAACUACCCACCUGGUCCCAUACCAUUACCACUUAUUGGCAAUGUACUUAUGUUCCGUAAUUACACAACUCAUUUUAAUGAGGUGAUUGUAAAACUGAGCAAGAUCUAUGGCCCGGUGUUUACCCUGUGGAUUGGUCCCUUACCAUUCGUGUUUAUAUGCGAUCUAGAUUUGGCCAGGGAGGCUUUCAAUAAAAGUGAAUUCACGGGUCGGCCAACAUCAGAAUAUGGUCGUAUAUUUAAUAAUGAAAGGCACAGAGAUAUUGUAUUUGAUGAUUAUGGUCAUAGUUGGGAAAGUUUACGCCGUGUAUCACACACCACGAUACGAAAAUACGCCAAAACACAGGCAUUGUCUGAAGUGGUGGCCGAAAAUGUAAGCGAAAUAAUUGACAAAAUAGUCGCCAUCGAAGGCAUCGGUAAACCAUUUCAACCCAAACUUUACGUUUACAAUAUGUUCGCCAAUAUCUUGGGAUCAAUUAUUUUCAGUCAAAAAUUUGACAUUGAGCAAACUGAAUUAAAAAAGUUUAAGUACAUCACAUCGGAUUUUCAAACAGAUCUUGGUAACUCACUAUUUUUAUACGAGUUUAUACCAGUGCUGCGCUAUUUUAUGGCCAAUCCAUUGAUUAAAUACAAGAAAUAUUUUGAUGAAAUGAUGAAUUAUUCGCGAGAUAUAUACCAAACGCACGACAAAACAUAUGACAGUAAAAAUUUGCGCGAUUUUUGUGAUAUACUUAUUGCCGCUAAACACGACUCUAUUGCCGAAGACAAGCAGACGGCACCCUAUUUUACCGAUGAUAACCUAACGGGGGUUUUAAUUGAAUUGUUUAUGGCGGGCACCGAAACAACUCAGACAACUUUCCAAUGGUUACUGCUAUUCAUGGCAUAUAAGCCUGAAUAUCAGGAUAAGUUACGCGCAGAGAUUAGCCGUGAAAUCGGCGAUCGGGUGCCAGUGGUUGAGGACAAGUCACGGCUCAACUAUACGCUGGCGUUUGUAUCAGAAAUUUUACGCCAUAAAAAUCCUCUACCGAUUGGUGUAUUUCAUAAGGCAUUAGUAGAUAGCAAGAUAGGUGGAUAUCCCGUGGCUCAAAACACCCAGGUAGUAUUGCACCAGCAAGCAAUUAUGAACGAUUCAAAAUACUGGAGUAAUCCAGAGAAAUUUGAACCAGAACGAUUUCUUGACGAACAUGGUCAAUUUUUGCAAACAAAACCUGCGGCUUAUAUGCCGUUUAGUUACGGUCGCCGCAUUUGUCCGGGUGAAUCGCUGGCUAUUAAUGAUUUGUUUUUGGUCCUGGUUAGUGAUUAU